UCCUGGUGGGCAGAGGAUGCGGCUGGCUGGGUCUGUGCCUGGCACAGUGCCAGGCCUGAGUCAUGCUGCUCUGCUGCUGGCUCCUUCCUCCCAGCUCACCUCACCGCACUGCCUGCGCUGGGUACGGAGCCGCCCCGACUCACUGCAUCUCGUCCCCCUGGGUGCCAUGAAUGAAGAGGCCUGGGGCUGCCUGUCCUCACCCCUUGCUAAGGGCCUUCCUCCCACUCUCCUGAGGCCAGUUAAUUAUAACUCUGACCUAAGUGCCCUGUGACUCCACGGCCAGGCCAGCACUGCCCAGGAGACUCAGCAACCAGGUAGGAGAGGCCUGAGGGGACUUUCCUGUUCAUGGGGCAGGGCUGGGGCUCAGCCUGGUGUAGGAAAAGAGCCCUGAGGAGCCUCCCACCCCUCUGAUGGCAGGUGUGUGCUCUAUUGGCUUGAUGAGCCCUUGGGUUAGAUGGGUUGCAGGUUGAGGGUGCGAGAGCCAGGCUGGAGUAGAUGAGGCACCGGAGGCGGAGCAGGAAGUGGACAGCAGGUGCCAUGGAGACAGCAAGGCCUACCCUGGGAGGGUGGCUUCUCCCUUGAGAACCUUCUGUUCCCUAGGUCCAUGACUCAGCCAUGCUCCCUGUGGAGGUGCCCCUGUCCCACCUGGGCCCCCCAAUACUGCUUCUGCUUCAGCUGCUGUUGUCCCCAACAUCUGCCUUCUUUCCCAACAUCUGGAGCCUCCUGGCGGCCCCUGGCUCUCUCACUCACCAGGACUUGACUGAGGAGGCUGCUCUCAAUGUCACCCUCCAGCUCUUUCUGGAGCACCCACCCCCAGGCCGACCACGCCUUCGUCUGGAGGACUACAAGGGCCGUACCCUCCUUGCCGAUGACAUCUUUGCUGCCUACUUUGGACCUGGGUCUCCUUCCCGGCGGUUCAGAGGUGCUUUGGGAGAGGUGGCUCGUGCCAAUGCAGCCCAAGACUUCCUGCCAGCUUCCAAGAACAAUCCUGACCUGCACUUUGAUGCUGAACGGCUGGUCCAGGGGCGCACGUUCCUGGUGGGGGCUCUGCGGGAGACCCUGGUGGCCGCCAGAGCCUUUGAGCACACGUUGGCCCGCCAGCGCCUAGGGGCUGCACUUCAUGCCCUGCAGGAUUUCUACAGCCACAGCAACUGGGUGGAGCUGGGGAAGCGGCAACCACACCCUCACCUCCUCUGGCCAAGACUGGAGCUCUGGAGCCUGGCACAAGUGGGUGACCCCACCUGCUCUGACUGUGAGGAGCUGAGCUGCCCUGGGAAUCUGCUGGACUCCACACUGCUCACCUCUGGAUACUUUGGAAUGGAUCCCCCCAAACCUCCAGGGAAGUGCAGCCACGGGGGCUAUUUUGACCAGAGCAGCUCCCAGCCCCCACGGGGAGGCAUCAACAAAGACAGCACAUCUCCACGCUUCUCCCCGCACCACUUGCAGCACCUCCCAGCUGCAGAAGUGGCCCUCCUCGCCUCCAUCGAGGCCUUCAGCCUUCUGCGGAGCCGCCUGGGAGACGGGGGUUUCUCCAGGCUGCUGGACAUCACGCCAGCCUCCAGCCUGAGCUUCGUCCUGGACACCACAGGCAGCAUGGGUGAGGAAAUCAACGCAGCCAAGAUCCAGGCGCGCCGCAUCAUGGAGCAGCGGCAAGGCGGCCCCACGGAGCCCAGUUUCUACGUCCUGGUGCCCUUCCAUGACCCAGGGUUCGGCCCCAUCUUCACAACCAGUGACCCUGAUAGCUUCUGGCAGAAACUCAACGAGAUCCAGGCUUUGGGAGGCGGAGAUGAGCCUGAGAUGUGCCUGUCUGCCCUGGAGCUAGCCCUGCUGCACACACCUCCGCUCUCAGACAUCUUCGUCUUCACUGACGCCUCCCCCAAGGAUGCCUUUCUUACCAACCGGGUGGAGUCUCUGAGUCGGGAGCGGCGCUGCAGGGUGACGUUCCUAGUAACUGAAGACCCAUCGAGGGCUCAGGGCCGGGUGCGGCGGGAGGCCUUGUCGCCUUCGCGGUUUGAACCGUAUGAAGCAGUUGCCCUGGCGUCGGGAGGAGAGGUGAUCUUCACUAAAGACCAGCACAUCCAGGAUGUGGCAGCCAUUGUUGGGGAGAGCAUGGCUGGCGGUCUGGUGACCCUUCCCCUGGAGCCUCCGGUCUUCCUCCCUGGGGAGACUCGCGUGUUUGCUGUGGACAGCCUGCUCCGGAAUGUCACAGUCCGGAUCCACGGGGACAUCAGUAGCUUCUGGAUCAAGAGCCCUGCAGGGGUGUCCCAGGGUCCAGAGGAGGGCGUAGGUCCUCUGGGUCACACUCGUCGCUUUGGACAGUUCUGGACAGUGGCCAUGACUGACCCCCCUCAGACGGGGUCUUGGGAGAUCCAGGUAGCAGCUGAGGGAAUGCCCCGGGUGAGAGUACAAGCCCAGACCUCCCUGGACUUCCUCUUUCACUUCGGGAUCCCUGUGGAGGACGGACCCCACCCUGGCCUCUACCCCCUGACUCAGCCAGUGGCAGGUCUCCAGACCCAGCUACUGGUAGAAGUGACAGGGCUCCUCUCUAGACAAAGCCCUGAGACCGGCCGGCCACACUUUUCCCACGUUGUCCUUCGAAGGGUCCCUGAGGGCACGCAUCUGGGUCGGGUGCUCUUGGAGCCUGUGGGACCCCCUGAGCGAGGCCUCCUUGCUGCCUCGCUGCCACCCACACUGCUGUCUGGCUCUGCACCGUUCUCCCUGGAGCUGCUUGGCCAGGAUGGAGGGGGGCGGGGCUUGCGCAGGACUGCCCCCCAGCCUUGCUCUGUGGCUCCUGUGCUCCUGGAGCUCAGCGGCCCCCCAGGUUCCCUGGUUCCUGGUAGCAAGGUCCCUCUAAGCCUGCAUGUUGCCAGCUUCUCUGGCCCCCAGGAUCUUGAUCUUAGGACAUCUGUCAACCCUAGCUUCUCGCUCACCUCCAACCUCUCCAGGGCUCGCCUGGGACUGAACGAGUCUGCCUGGGGACGCCUGUGGCUGGAGGUCCCGGAUUCAGCAGCCCCUGACAAUGUAGUGAUGGUAACUGUGACUGCGGUGGGCCAAGGAGCCAACCCAGGGCCCCCGACCCAUGCCUUCCUCCGGCUCCUGGUGCUGGCCCAGGCCUCGCAGGAUCCGCAGGGUCAGCUGGAGACCCCUGCCCGCUCCUCUGGCCGAGUGUUGCCUCCAGCCACCCCUACCCUGCUCUCUUCCACUUUGGUGACUCAGGGCAGAGCUGGGGGAGGGGUGGUCAGCAGAGCCUGGUGGGGGACACUUGGAGGGGCGCUGUUCCUGCUAGGCUGCUCAUCCUGGUGACAUGCAGCCCCUCAGGGACUCCUUUCUGCAGCGUGGGAUGAUGUCACAUGGCCUCAGGGCCCUGCCCUCCUGACUGCAUCGGGAUUGCCUUCUAUCACACGUGCAUCGGGAUUGCCUUCUAUCACACGUGCACAUUUGUUCCUUUGCUUCUUUUUUUCCCCAAGACAGGGUUUCUCUGUGUCGCCCUGGCUGCCAUGGAACCUGCGCUGUAGACCAGGCUGGCCUCAAACUCAGAAAUCUGCCUCUGGCUCCUGAGCACUGGGAUUAAAGGCGAGCGCCACCACCGCCUGGCUCCCUUCUCUUUCCUAAAGAAGCAGACUGGCAAGGUGGUCCACAUCUGCAGCCCCUGUAACAGGGCUGCUCUGAGUUCAAGGCCAGCCUGGGCUGUGUGACCCUGUCUCAAAAAUAACAUCAGCCAGACACACCCUAGACGCUGGGACAGAUGGUGACAGAUUUCCAUGAGGUGCUUUUCCUACUCCGAACAGAAACCACACAAAAGGGUUUUUUUGGAAAG